UAAACGUCAUGAAAACUAGGUCGAAGGAAUGGUCCAUGUCUAACUUUUGGAUUAAUUUAUUUUAUUAAUGAGCACUUCAGCUAGAGAAUCUUAUUUAAUUAGUACAUGCAAAAACUGUACUGAUGAUGACUACUGGUUAUAAGAAAUAGGGGAGCCUCAGUAACCUCGGUGUAGAGUGAAUUGAAGAUAUAAUCAUAUAUGGCAUAGAGCAUCAUAGUGAUGGCAGAUAAACACAGCCUCAACUAUGACGUGCGCGAGUUGAAAUUGGGAUCUAGUUUUACCAACAAUAAGACAUCCCAAUACCACACUAUAAAAUAUGACUUCAAACCGGCCUCCGUGGACGUAAACAAAAUGGCCACCGUCAGUGUUGGCACAAAGAAUGAAGUUACAGUCACAGUGCCUCAUUUAGUGGGUGCGGGCGUUCCUCAGACAGUGUUCAAAGGCAACCAGAAGCCGUACACCAAGGAGUGCGUGCUGAUCAUAGACAAGGUGACCGGAGAGAUAACGCUCGAGAAACUGUCAAGCAAUAUACAAGUGAAGAAGACAAGACAAGAAACAGCGCAAAAGCCGCGGCCGCUGACGCCGGUGACGGCCGACUUCACCAACACAACACAGCGGUCCACCUCGCGCACGCGCGUCGCCACCAACCGACGCACCGCCACCCCUAAUGCAGCGGGCUCGCUGCCGCACCCGCAGGCGCGGUUCAACGGCGCGGCCGCACCCAAGCCGCCGCCCACCAUGGUGCGCUCGCCCCCGCGGGUCAAGACCUCGCCGCCGCAGGCUCCUUGGUCGGCGGGCGGUAACAGUACACUGGCGUCGUUGCCGAUGAUCGGUCUGGACGACGCGCUGGGCGGUCCGGCCCCCGCGCCCGCUCCCGCGCCCGCACCUGCGCCCGCCCCUGCGCCCGCGCCCGUCCCUGUGGUCCCCCCCGCGCCCACACCCGCCCCAGCGCCCGCGCCCGCACACAACGGCUACGGCGCGCGACACCACGCGCCGCAUGUCCCGCACGCGCCGCCGCCACGACAGUCGCAACAAGAUGACAGUUCGUCGUCGUCGUCGAGUGACAGCGGCAGUGACUCCGACAGCGGCAGCGACUCCGACGACAACGACUCCAGCGCGCAUCACUCACACACCAACGGUAACGUGAGCAACCCGGGGUUACCAAGCGAUGUGCUCAACCACGAUCUAUGCCUGUCCGAGUCGGGCAGCGACUCCGACUGACCUCGCGUUAAACAGCUCUCGGGUUUGGGUGUAUUUGUUUAUAAACUGUAUUCACACGGCCCGGUCGGCGACCCCCUGUUGUCAGGCCGAGGGACAUGACGCCGUCUCGAUCAAUAUACUCUCAAGUAACUCCGACAAACUGGCUUGACGCAAUGUACGGCAUAUAAAGCAAUCAAACGCGUACAGAAACCUACGCUGUGAUACGUUAACCAUGCAGCCUUAGUUUUAUACUGUUCUUAUUUAUAAUGUGGGGUGCAGAUUCUAUAUACACGCCACUGUGAUUUAAUGGACCUGCGCACGAUCAGUUAAGACUGUUGCGUUUUGCCAGUUGCUAACUGAUUAUGAAGUACAGUUUCAAAAUAGUUUAAUGUUUAAAAAAAAACCAGAUCAAUUUAUUGUACAUUAGAUAUGAUUUAGAAUUUAGGAAAUAAAAAUAUCUGCAAUUUAUGUAAACUUACAUUCUAGUUGACCUUACUCUUUUCUCUUAUGACUUAUUAUUUUUAAACUAUUAACUAAAUUUUAUGCCUUCGUUUUAUUAUUUUUAGUUUAUUCUGUUCUUAAUCUUUAAUUUCAACAUAAUCUGCAGUUAAGUAGCCAGCUGAGUUAGUUGACUGACGUGACGUGUGCAAAGUGAAACUGUCAAUUUGUACUGAUCGUGUGCGGCCCGCAGCGGAGAGUGUCGCCCGCUUACCACUGCCCUUUAAUCGAUUCACGGUGGCUUGCCAUGUUGAAAAUAUAUUUACCAUGUAAGAGAUGUUUACAUUAAAGUAUAAUAUUUUUUUAUGUCACAAUUUAUUUUAUGUAUAAUUUCGAAAAGGAAAUGUAAUUAUUGUUACGUGGUAUGAAAUGAAAUAAAUGUAAUAAUAACGUGCCUCAUGAGAACAGAUAUUUUUAUUUUAUGCCAAUAUUGUAAAACGUAGACGUAAGUACGUUACGAUUGUUCUGGAGAAGUUAGGUGUAAAUUGAUAUUAGUUAUAAAUGCUGCAAUAAUAAAGAGUUUUCCUUUUUGUACAGUAAGUCGUUUUGGUAUUUUACGUUUAUUUUGAUGGAUUGUGUAACGUUCGUCGGAAUGUUUAGUUUUGUAACGCUUGUAUAAAGUUGUCCUGUUUGUACAUAUAUACGAUACACGUAAUAGAGAAUUUUUUUAUUGGGGUUGACUAGCGAAACCUGAAAUUGUGUGCCUUCGAAUCACCUACCGCUAAUUUUAUUUGGAUUUAUUACGUGUCUACUAUAGCAGACAUACCUAAUGAAGCUCUUUUUACUUUUGAAAAUAUAAACAAAAUAAGCAAUGGA